GAGAGGCUACAGUAUCGCGGAGAGCAGCGUUUGCGCGCAGUUCGUCGAGUACUCUCGUAUUUCAAGCUUAUAGUUUCUAGUAAAUAAAAGUGCCAUUUAAACGAUGCCGGGAGGACCAGCGAAAAUCUACCAGAUCGAACUCCGCGAUCUGGAACCGCUGUUGCGCAAGAAGCUGGGCGAUGACCUCGAGCUUGUCGAUUACGCAGCCGAGUCCCUGCUGCCGUCGGGAGAAAAUUACGGCAGCACGAUGCUGAAGGUCCACGCCGUGAUCAAGAGAAGUAGAACCGCCGAUAAGGAAGAUCUGGAGCUGGUGGCGAAGAUGCUGCCGCCGACCGAUUUUCAGCGGGCGAUGUUUGACAGUUCGUACACCUUCAGGAAAGAGGCCUUUUUGUACGAGGAGAUGAUACCGUCUUAUCAGCGAUUGGAACGGGAGUUCGGGCUGAGAGACGAGGAAGUGUUUGACAUAGUUCCAGAAUUUUACGGGGCGAGGUAUUCCUUGACGGAGGACGAAGGAAGUUUUGACGACGACGCCGUGCUGCUCAUGCGGAACCUGAAGGUCCUGGGAUAUUACACGGGAGACAGACGAGAAGGUAUAUGCGCUUUUACGACUCGUAUCUUUCAGAUAUUGUUAACGACUGAUCGUAAGAAUUUAUAAUGCGAUAAAUUGGCAUUGAAUUUAUUGUGCUACACGUGUAUGGAAUGUUUUAAUCGUAAUCUUGAAGAAAUAAAAGUAUCAGCAAAGAACUGCAUCCAAUAUAUUAAAUUACAUAAUUUUAUAAUUCGAAAUUCAUUUAGUUAAUAACGAUGACACUAAUUAUUCUUCUAUUUUCACGCAGGUUUGGACCUCGAGCACGCCAAAAUAGCCACAGUUGCGCUAGCGCGCUUUCACGCACUAGGUAUGGCGAUGAAGCAGCACAAGCCCGAGUACUUUGAUGGUCUGAAGGCUCGUUCGAAAGCUCUGAAGUUUCCAGAUGAUAACGGCUUCGAGGAAUGCGUCAACAUGUUCAUACGCGUGAUGAAGCAGGAUCCUGAGAUAGCCGUGCACUCGGACUUCAUCGAGCACAUCAUGCCCAAGGCGUCUGAUCCGAGUCACUGGUUCACCGUACCUCCCGAGCCCUGGUCUACGAUAGUACACUCCGACUUCUGGGUUAACAACAUAAUGUUUCGCAAAAAUCCGAUAUCCAACGAGGUGGACGACGUGAAGUUCGUGGACUUUCAAAACUAUCUGCUGAUGAGUCCCCUGCGCGAGCUGACGUUCUUCCUUCUGGCCAGUAUGAACGCCGAUGUGAUGGAGAACGGAUUCGACCAACUCCUAAAUCUCUACUACGAAAAGUUUAUCGAGGUGCUGAAGAGGAUGAGGGUCGACACGGAGCCCUUUGCUAGAGACAAGUUCGACGCGAGACUGAAGAUCGACGCUUACGAGGAGCUUCUUCACUGCUCGUUUAUGCUGAAGAUUAUGACUUCGGAAGUCAAGGAGGACGAGCAGUUUGACAACCCUGACAAAUUCAUGCAGGAGGAUUCGAUCAGUGAGGGGUUCAGGAAGAGGAUACGCAUGUGCGUGAUGAAAUACGCGGAGAAGGGCUGGAUUGAGAAAGCGAAUUAAUUUCGAAUUGCUGUCUUUAUUGGGGGGAUCGAUUUGGGUUAUUGUUGUACAGUUUAAUGCAGUGUUACAUAAUCCACCCGAAUGUAUCGAAUAGCUUUUAUAUUUUUGUACAAAGUCAUGUAUUAUACUAGUACAAUUGAUUGCAGUAUUUUUAACUCGCAGGUCUGAACUUGUUACUUUUGCCUUUAAGGCUAAUAGUUUGUAACAAAAACAAAAUAUUCAUAUACAUUCAAUAUAAUUAUGUUAUGUAUUUACAUACCCAUCAUCCCUGAUAUCAGUAUUCACAUCGUCAUUAUAAUUUUCAUUGCGAUAAUUGCUAAGCACAAAGUUAUCGUUUUUGAAAAAAAACAUUUGCUAGAUAAUUUGCGAAGUUUAUCGGUGUUUUUGUCUCACACGUUUUUCUCGAGCGAUAAUAACUCCACCUGUGUAAAUCAUUUACAUUUCGCGCACUUGAUGCGAUGGCUCGAUUAAGCUUGAUCUGAUUUUUGUUAGCAGUGUAAGGUGUGAGGUAUGAGCAAUCUCUUAUUCGGACCGGGAAGAACAAUAUCUUUGAUCGCUUUGAUAUGCUCCAUUACCGAAGCCCACCUGUAGAUUCUUGUCAUUAUUCAGCAGACACUUGUUAUCAGUAGGCGACGAGAAUCAGCAGAAAUUUGAUUGAGCCAUAUUCAUUAGUCUUGAGGCGUCGUCAGGCGCAGAACUGUCACGUAUUGCAUACUCUGUGUUGUAUAACCAACGAAAAUCAAUACGAGCAGAAAUGCCGGAAAAAAUCGAAUUGCACAACGUCGAGUUACGGGAAUUGGAAUCCCUACUGAGCAAAAAGCUCGGCGACGAGCUGAGAGUCGUUAAUCACAGUGUCGAACCUCUGCUGCCUCCGGGUGAGAACUACGGUAGUUCCAUUCUCAAAGUACACGCGGUGGUUAAAAAUACGAAAGAUGCGGACGAGGAAACUUUGGACCUCGUGGCAAAGAUGCUACCACCGACCGAUUUGCAAAGAAUGAUCUUUGAAAGCUCCACGACCUUCAGGAAGGAAGCUUUCCUGUACGAGGAGCUAAUGCCGUCGUACCAGCGACUGGGACAGGAGUUAGGAGUCGUAGAUGCCUUUGACAUCGUGCCAGAAUUCUACGGGGCGAGGUACUCUUUGAAAGGCAAGAAAGAUUUCGACGAUGAUGCCGUGAUACUCAUGCAGAAUCUCAAAGUGCUGGGAUAUUACACGGGAAACAGGCGAGAAGGUACAGAUUUGGAGCACGCACGAGCGGCCGUAAAAGUGUUAGCCCGUUUUCACGCUCUGGGAUUUGCGAUGAAGUUGCACAAGCCCGAGUAUUUCGAGAUUCUCAAGGAGCGCUGCAAAGGUCUGACACCCCCGCCUGAGCAAUUUUAUAAGGAGCCUAUCGAGGCAUUAAUCCAAGCCACCAGCAACGAUCCAGAGAUGUCGAUUCAUUCGGAUUUCGUUAAAGCGGCGUUGAGCCAGGAUUCUUCUAAAAAUUGGGGCACUAAAUCCAUCGAGUCGUGGUCGACCAUCAUCCACUCGGAUUUCUGGGUCAAUAACAUCAUGUUCCAUAAGGAUCCAAAGUCCAACCGAGUCGACGACGUGAAGUUUGUGGACUUUCAGAACUACCAAUACAUGAGUCCACUGCGCGAACUGAUCUUCUUCUUCGUGACCAGUUUGAAGGACGACGUGAUGGAGCACGAAUUUGACGAGUUGCUGGCUUUGUACUAUGGAAACUUUAUCGAGGCUCUUAGCCGGUUGAAGUGCGACACGAACCAAUUUACUCGAGAGAAGUUUGAGGAAAGACUCAAAAUCGACGCUUUCGUACAGUUUCCGCAAAGCGUUGUUAUGUUAAAUAUCCUGACAGCGGAUGUACACAAAGAUGAUGUCACUCCUCAGAACAUUUUUCAGGAAGUGCUGAACGAAACGAUGCUGGGUAAACUGCGUAGGUGCGUAAAGAAGUAUGCGGAGAAGGGGUGGAUGGAAACACCUGAGCGAUUGCACGGAGUAGUGUUGUAGCGGCGAAUAAAUCGAACGUAGAACAAUUUAUUUGCACGAGUCUCAUAUGUCUCUCAUAAAUGAUUCGUUACUAUUGAUGGAAAUUAUAUGUUAUCCUGUUAUAUUAUAUUGGUAUAAUGGGAUUAUAAUUUAAUUGAAUGAUAUUUAUGAAGAAUUUCACUGAUCAAGUUUAUAUAUCCUAGGUCAUUUAUACUAAUAUAGAUAAAAUAAAUAUUUACACAUACCGUGCAUUAUUUUUUGCUAAAUAUUACAAAAUUCGAGGUAUAUAGUUUUAUACGUAAGAUUUUGGAUUCAAUGUGAUGACACAUAUAAGUUUUUUCCACUACAAUUUUUAAUGAAAUGGAUAUUGAAAAUCAAAAUAAUAAUAGUAUGACAUACUGAUAGUAUUAGAUAUCUUGGCAAAUAAUUGUCACAUGAUCAUCCGCCCUCCGAAAUAAAAAUGAAGGUGCUCUUAGCAUCAGUAGAAACAACCAGGGUGGAUAAGACAUGCUAUACGGUUAUAAUGAUUAUCGAAUGUCAGUAAUAUUCGAAUGAUCUUAAGUCAACAGUUCAUUAAAAUGUUGUAUUGCUAUUGUAUAAUAAAAUUAAAAUAAUUAU